AUGGCCCGAACGAAAAAGUUUGACUCGGCGUUUAAGUUGGUUUGGAAGAUGGAAACUCCGAUCAUGAUCAAAGUCUUCGCUUGGAAGUGUUUUAUCAAUAAGCUUCCAACUCGGGAUGCGUUAGCUUUUAGAGGUAUUCUCCCCUCUUCUAGUUCUUCUUGUGUUUUCUGUUGUGCGAAUGGUGAAUCUUCGCUUCAUUCUCUUUUGCUUUUUCAUAAUGCGAGUUUAGUUUGGAAGGACAUAGCCGAUUGUAUUGGUUUUGAAGGUUAUAAAGCGGAGAAUUUCAAGGAAAGUUUUUUGAAUUGGUUCUCGUUUAGUAAGAAUGCGAAAGUUAGAAAGGGUAAGGAGGGAGUGGUGUGGAUGGCAGUGUGUUGGACCCUUUGGUUGGUUAGAAACGAUGUCGUGUUUAGGGAGAUUCGUGGAACAUUUCCGAUAUUGUUUGAGAGGUGA